GCCCGACCUGUCAUAGCGAGGGAUUGUUAGACUGCUGCUCAUGGCUUAUUUCAAACCAACCGAGUUUCGAAAAUGAUUAAUGAUCCUUUAGUUUGGAUGCUAAUUCAGAAUUGAACAUAGGUUUAUAUGUAUACAUAUACGCGCUAAUAUAUACAUCUUACAUCAAAAAUUAACACGAUCCUAAUAUAUAUCUCUAGGUUACGAGUUGAUAUGCAUAAUUGAGAAUUUCAUCGAACAUUUCACGUAUACUCGUUUUUAUCAGAUUGAAACAAAGUACGGAAACAGAAGUCGUUGUGACUUUGAUGAAAUCAAUUUGUCAAAUGAAGAAAAAUAGGAUUGGAAUUGGGAAGUCUUUUUAUCCUCCUAUUUAUAUAGGGGUUAAACUACGAGGCAGACGCUAAAUAUCGAUCGAAGAUUAUAGACCGAGUGGAAAUGUGUGCGUUGAAGGUGGUGUCAGGAGUCAAAGCAGUGGCAAGUGGCAAAUGCAAGAUUGUGUUACGGACGUGUCUAUGUGGAUAUCAACGACCGUUGUUUCCGAAAAUGGUAAAUGGAUAUGGGAGAAUAACAAUGGACAAAGUAGAACUACCAAUAUUGGAAAUCCAAGAUAUCAAAUACACGAGAAUACCGACGAUUUCGAGAACUUCGAUACGGGUGGCCCAUUCGUGGGAUUCAGGCCAGAGAACAUAGGAUCCAGACCACAGCAGCAUUCAGGCUCCUAUGGUCAUGGAAAUAGGCCGUUCGUGACGACUUAUCCGAAUAACAACGGAGUCUUGGUAGGACCUGGUGGACCGACAGGAAUUAUUGGAAGGCCACAUCCACCGAGCGGAUCGAUCAUCGAUUACGACGAUAAUUUAGAUUCUGGACAUGUACCCUUCCAAUAUCCAAAAGGGACACGUUAUCGCGAAUACGAUACCUGCAAAUGUAGAUACAGUUUUAACUGUCCAUCGGUUGGAUUAAAAUUCGGUGCUUGUGCAGAUGGCAAACGAUAUUGUUGUUUCAACAGUAAAAGAUAUCCAACGUUAAUAUCAGGUGAUCCACGUGACAGACAUUGAUCGUUUAACCACGUAUGUACGUACGCAUUAUUCUCGAAUUAGUCACGACGAAAAAAUAGAUGCAACGUUCUACUAUCAUGGAUUAGUUGACAUUAAGUUGAUGAUGGAUGUGAAAAGAUUUAUCGUGUUUCUUACUCGUAAAUAUCUAUUUAUAAAGAUGGAAAAAAGAUAUAUAUGUAUAUAUAUAUAUAUAUAUUAUUUUUUCUCUCUAGUCUUUGUAAAUAAACAUUCAUGAGCAAAAAAUACAAUGUAAAUUAAUAUAGAUCCUACAUAGUCGCUACAUAGAAUGUCAAUGAGAAUUCUCGCGAAUAAAUUCUAAUCGCAUCGAA